AUGAUCUACCACUACCUGGCUCACUCCGGUUAUCGAGCAGCGGCUGAGAUGAUGGCGGAAUGUUAUGAAAGGCGCGACACUAAGAGUUUGGAGAACUACAAACCCAGAAGCGGAGCAGUUCUGCAGAGAGCCACAGUGAAGAAAGGUGGCACUACGCUGCAGCUGAAUAUUCCAGUGAAACCAAAUCCUGAGUUCGAAGACACAAAGAAGAAGUUACGUGAUAGAAUCCAAGAAAUGGCGGAUGAGUCGGCCAAGAAGAAUGAAGAGAUGAUGCAGCGAGAGGAGACCGUAAGCGAGGAAGACGUAGACGAGGAAGAAGAGCAAGAAUCAUCCAAUGACGAGAAAUCCUCGCAGUCGUCGACAAGUACGGCCGAGUCUGAGGUGGAAAUGGUUACAUCGAAUUGGACUAGGCGCUUAUGGGGUCCCAAUGCUCAUCAGCUGUCGACAGAUACUAUCAUAGCCACGGCAUCACCACCGUCUAGGCCGUCUCAGUUACCGCCGUUGGUCAGUGUCCGUCCUAAACCUCAGCUCACUUCCAUACGAUCAAUCGAUUUCGAUAUACCUCAACUCGAAAAAAGCCCGUCGAUCCAGUCGAUUGAAACACCUCGUGCCUCGCCGAGUCCUGUGGCGAAGGAAGAUGUGACCCCGUCGAAGGCAUCUCCCGAGGACUCCAAAGCUUCUCCAAAAGAA